AUGGACAAAUUCAAGGGCAUCACCAAAGGAGGCUGGCAUCCCGAAAAGAAUCGCACUAACAGCGGGAGCAGUGGAGGUGGACAGAGCGACUCGAAGCUCGGGCAAGUUGUAUCCCAAGGUAAAGACCCCCAUGCAGAGGCGGCCCGCGAACACCAGUCAACGCCACUAUCGUCCUUGAAAGACCCCUCACAAUUUGCUCCGCCGCCCAAGCGACUAGACUACAACGGCGGUUCGGCAGCAUCCGCUUCGACAGGACCGUCCUCUGCACCUGCUGCAUCGGCAAAGCAAAGGCUGCAGGAGAAGGAAGAAGCAAGGAGGAAAGCAGAAGAGGAAGCGAACAGGCCGCCUCCAGGGCCCUACAGACCUGACACGACGGGGUUGAGCACGGCACAUCUACCCAAGCCUCCAGCUUUCCGACCAGGCGCCGCUUCGCCAACAGCUACCGGCGCUCCUACAAAACCCAAGCCCAGCCUACCUCCUCGUCCUCCACUACCGCCACGUCAAAACUCGAACCCUAAUGAAUUCGCGCCCGCUCCUCCACCGACCUACAAUGAGGCAACACGAGAAGCGGCACCUGAGCAGGGAGUCCUGAACCAAGGCGCUCUGGGUCGUCUGGGGCAGGCAGGCGUAUCUGUCUCAGGCUUCGGCAUUGGUCGAACGGCUUCUCCUCCAGUACCACUUCGCGCGAACCCAUCUCCACCUGUUCCUCCUCGACGAGCCCCAAGCUCGGACACUGCCACACAACCUCCAGCUGCAGCCGGGCAUGGCUCACAGAUGAACGAGUUACAGAGUAGAUUCGCAAGAAUGUCUGGGCCAAAGUCACCAGCACCCCCGCCAACCACGGGCACAUCGUGGGCAGACAAGCAGGCAGCGCUUAAGACUGCCAGCAACCUGCGUGACGACCCUUCAAAAGUGUCGGCUUCAGACUUGAAAGGAGCGGCAUCGACUGCCAGCAAUUUCCAGCAGCGGCACGGGGAUCAAGUCGCGUCUGGGUGGAAGUCCGCCAACUCACUCAACCAAAAGUAUGGGAUUGCUGGUAGAGUGAACGGCCUGGCGUCGUCAAGCGCGUCGCCAGCCCCAUCGCAAGGCCCAUCGCAGACGGGAGGCCUUGGGAAGAAAGCACCACCUCCACCUCCACCAAAGAGGAAGGAACUAAGUGAAGGUUCGGCUGAGCCUCCGCCAAUUCCUCUGAGUAGCAAGCCCAAGUUUUGA